AUGCCCGGAAGUAUCAUAAACAGCCAUGGUUCAGUGUGGGCCGAGAACCGUCGGUUCAUGUUGCGCCACUUGCGUGAUCUCGGUAUGGGCAAAACAGCGCUCGAGGGCUCCAUUCAACAAGAGGCCGAGAUGCUGGUGGAUCACUUGGAUAAAACCUGCGUCGGCAAGCCUGCCGUCAUGGAUGUCUUCUUCAACUGCGCUGUGGUCAACGUCAUCUGGCAAAUGCUCGCAAACAAGCGCUACGGGUUGAAUGACGAGGUGAUGGUGCGGUAUUGUACCAGGAUUGAAGAAGAGAUGGCCAUUGUCCAGGGUCCAAUGUUCCUUGUCGACGUGUUCCCUUGGCUGGCAAAGCUACUACCCUCAAUCAUAAUUAACAAAGUUUUGCAAGCUGAGAUCCUCUACAGGAAUCGAGAUGAAAUCUACUUGAUGUUCAAACAAGUUAUUGACGAUCAUAUGGCGACCCUUGACCCCAACAACCCUCGUGACGUCAUCGACCAGCUGCUGCUGGAGCGCGCCCACAGAGACGCCCCUGACUACCUCACUCCUGAAGACGAAUUGGAUUUCAAAAGCAUUAUGGGGGACAUGUUUUUCGCCGGUUCAGAGACUACCACAACAACUCUUCGAUGGAUGAUACUGUACAUGGCCAUCAACCCUGAGAUUCAAGCUAAAGUUCACAAAUGUCUGGACGAAGUUGUACCUAAAGAUCGUCUGCCAUCACUGAACGACAGAAAUCAACUGCAGUACGUUGACGCCGUGUUGCUGGAGGUCCUGAGAGUGAGUUCACUUGCACCCAUCAGUUUACUACACGCAACUACCGCUGACGUCACUUUCGAGGGUUAUGACAUACCCAAGGGCACGGUGGUUCUCGCUUGUGCCGAGAUGUGCCAUCGAGAUCCGGCUUAUUGGAAGCAUCCAGACCAGUUCUAUCCGGAACACUUCCUGGACAACGAAGGGAAACUCGACGGGAAAAAAGAAGGAUUUCUGCCUUUCUCAAUCGGGCGCCGCCAGUGUCUCGGGGAGUCUCUGGCUCGCAUGGAGCUCUACCUCUUCUCGACGGCCAUCUUGCAGCGCUUCACCAUAGAGCCACCGGAGGGCGUCGUGCUCUCUACUGAAACUGAUCCGUCGCAGAUGCUGCUUCGUGCACCCAAGCCCUAUGAAGUGGUCCUGAAAAGGAGAAUGUAGUCCAGACAUUGCGUCUCAUUCAGUCGAUUUGACUGAAAUUAUAAUUUUUCAUGUCUGCUGCAAUCGCGCUAUACGCUGUUCGAAAAACUGCAAAAAAAAGAUCUUGGACCGGCGUUUUAGUGGCCGGAGGUUCCGUGAAAUUCUACCAAGGCGGUUCGGGAUGACUCCCAACCAAACGCUGAUACUUUUUUAAUGUUCGGGACGGCCGACCGCUAAAACGCCGGUCUGACCGUUUUUUUCAACACUUGAAAUACUCCUCAUUGCUCGCGCUGGUGAAAAUCAGUAUUGCCAAUUCAGCUGUUUUCUUCCUAGAUCUAUUGUAUUUUUAACACAUUCCGAGGGGGAAAAAUUAGCUUUAGCGAGAAAAAAUAUAAAUGAAAAAUCUAGGUAGUGAUUAUUUUAGCUACAAAAUUUGAAUAUUUAGUGUAUUUCUGCUUGAAAAUGCCAGGUUUUAGCUUGAAAGUCAUUGUUGUAGUGGUAACACUCGAAAAUCGGGCGACAAGGAGGCUCGAGUAGAAAUGUAGCGAGUCCGCAUGUACCUGCUAAGACUCGAAUUCAUAACUCACGCUAUCAUUUCUUAUGAACGUCAUAAUUACUUUCUUUAAAUCCCCAAGCUCGUUAAACACCACUUUUUUAUGUUUCAUGUAACCAUGUUAUCCACAGUUUAACAAUUUACUUCAAUAUUCAUCAUUAUGCAAUCAUACAAU